AGUGCAGGUUAAGUGGGGUAUCUUUGUAAGCACCCCUCACGGUGCCCAGCAUGUGGGUCGGUGCUCGGUAUAUGGUCACUAUUAUCAUUUCCCCGCGGGACUGGGUGACCGUGCAGGUCUCUGAUGCCCUCUGGGCCCAGGGCCCUCCAACCUGCCAGCCACCACAUCACAUGAGCCUGACUAUCUUUAGCCAGGGAUAUAUUUAUAUCCCGGGGAAGUGUUUUUCUGCUGCUACGGGGGAGCCCCGGAGUCCGUGGCCUCUGCAUCCAGGCCCCCCGCCCUCCGGCUCGCCAUGCUUCCCAGUCCGCAGGUCCCGGUGCAGGUGUGGGUGGGCGGCCAGCUCUUCCAGGCCGACCGGGCCCUGCUGGUGGAGCACUGCGGCUUCUUCCGCGGCCUCUUCCGCUCGGGCAUGCGGGAGGCGCGCGCGGCCGAGGUGCGGCUGGGCGCGCUGAGCCCCGGCGGCUUCCGCACCACGCUGCGGGUGCUGCGCGGCGAGCAGCCGGCGCUGGAGGCCGCCGACGACCUGCUGCAGGCCGUGGAGUGCGCCGCCUUCCUGCAGGCGCCGGCGCUGGCGCGCUUCCUGGAGCACAGCCUCACGGCCGACAACUGCGCGCUGCUGUGCGAUGCGGCCGCCGCCUUCGGCCUGCGGGACGUGUUCCACGGCGCCGCGCUCUUCAUCCGCGACGGCGCGCGCGAGCUGGCGGCCGAGCUGGCGCUGCCCGAGGCCCGCGCCUACGUGGCGGCGCUGCGGCCCAGCAGCUACGUGGCCGUGAGCACGCACACGCCCGCGCCCGGCUUCCUGGAGGACGAGUCGCGCACCGUGUGUUACCUGGACGAGGAGGAGAACGCGUGGCGCACGCUGGCCGCGCUGCCCCUGGAGGCCAGCACGCUGCUGGCGGGGGUGGCCACGCUGGGCAACAAGCUCUACAUCGUGGGGGGCGUGCGGGGCGCCAGUAAGGAGGUGGUGGAGCUCGGCUUCUGCUACGACCCCGACGGCGGCACGUGGUGCGAGUUCCCCAGCCCGCACCAGCCGCGCUACGACACCGCGCUGGCCGGCUUCGAUGGCCGCCUCUACGCCAUCGGGGGCGAGUUCCAGAGGACGGCCAUGAGCUCCGUGGAGCGCUACGACCCGGCCACGGGCUGCUGGAGCUUCGUGGCCGACCUGCCGCAGCCGGCUGCCGGCGUGCCCUGCGCCCAGGCGCGCGGCCGCCUCUUCGUGUGUCUGUGGCGGCCGGCCGACACCACGGCUGUCGUGGAGUACACGGUGCGGACCGACGCGUGGCUGCCGGUGGCCGACCUGCAGCGUCCGCAGAGCUACGGCCACUUCAUGGUGGCCCACCGGGACAGCCUCUACGUGGUGCGCAACGGACCGUCGGAUGACUUCCUGCACUGCGCCAUCGACUGCCUCAACCUGGCCACGGGCCAGUGGACGGCGCUGCCCGGCCAGUUUGUCAACAGCAAGGGAGCCCUCUUUACGGCGGUAGUACGAGGCGACACCGUCUAUACUGUCAACCGCAUGUUCACGCUGCUCUAUGCCAUCGAGGGCAGCACCUGGCGGCUGCUCAGGGAAAAGGCGGGCUUCCCACGGCCCGGCUCUUUGCAAACCUUUCUCCUGAGGCUGCCUCGUGGUGCUCCGGGGCCUGUGGCCUUGACAACGCCUGAACUGUGACCCCUGGGCCGGGCUUUAGGAGGGGACGACCUCCUGAGUCUUCCCUGAGCUAUGGCUGAGUCUACGAGGCUGGCCUUGGUUUGGCAGGGAACUUAACUCUCUCUGGUUGCGACUUUUGAAUCUCAUGUCUUUUGGUGGUGUGAACGUGUCCAAGAAACUCAGGGAGCAAUGCUGGGCUUUGAGCCCUCAAAUUAUUUGAGCUUUUCUGAGAGCUGGGGGGGUCACAAUGUCAGUGGAAAGGGUAGAGGGGUGAGAUUUCUAUCAUCUAGGCUUGUAGGUGAAUGGGCCAGUAACAGCAUGGCUAGGAGUGGGUUAAACUGCCAAUCACUAGGCAAGAAUUAGGCAACUACUGUGGGCCCUGCAUAGUGUUUACCCUAAUGUAAUCUGCAGUUGCCCGGUGGAGGGGGAAGGGGGGUCCACAAAGCUUAGAAUUUCAUCCAGAACAACUCAUCUUAACAGAACAUUUACAGGACAGCAAAAGGCUUACACAUACUUGUCUUGGUCCACAAAGGGUUGAAGGCAAUGUGCAAAAACAAACGCCUUCCACCACCACCCCCCACACCCCCGCAUACACAAUAUAUAUAAAACAAAGUACUGAGGAGAUCAGGGCAAAGGAAAAUGGGGAGAGGAAAAGGACCUAACUCCAGGAAGGAGGGUAGACUAACUCUAUGAGGAAGAUAUGCAGGAUAAUUAGCUGAUGAAAGGAGGGGUUCAUCUGGUGGAGACAAGGAGAGCUCAGAAGAGGAGAGAUGGGGAGAAGGCUUAAGCAAAUGGGAAGCGUCUCUGUGAGCCCAGGCUUUAAGGCAGAGCAGCUACGGAUGGAGGCAUUCCAGGAGGGGGCAAGGCUGGGCUGGCUUUAUAGAGACAGUAGCUGAACUGAACCUGGAGUGAGACCUAUGAGGAAAACCGGGGUUCUCACACUCCUUAUGGGGUGUGGUCCUGCAGGGGAGACCCCAGUUGGAAGCCCUUGUCCACUCCCUUUUUACCGCCACCACAGGGGCAGUGGGUUAUUAACUUCCAUGAUUGCAGGUCACUCAAUGUAUGAGCCAAUCCUGGCCAGGUCUGAUGGCCUCAUCUUAACCUGCCCCCACAUUCUACAGGUUAAUUCUGUCUUCCAGCCUCUGCUCCUGCUGUUCCCUGGGCCUGGAAUGCCUUUCCUCUUCUCUUUCUGUCGGCUCUGUGCUCACUUCCUCUGUGCAGGGUUGGCUGUUACUGACCUUAGCUGCCUACAUUGCUUACUGGACCCCUGACACUCAUUCUCUGUGUAUGUGUUUGCACGUGUGUGUGCAGCCACACAAGUAUGCGGAUAGCAAGGGUAGAGAUCCCAUAGUGCUGUCAGUUGAGCUGGGCACUUUCCUACCUACAAAAUAAUAUGAUGAGGUCCUGACAGGCUAUAGAGGCCACUAGUUAGGGACCUGGUGUUAGAUGAAGACUCUUGUCCCUCCUUUAGAGUACCCCACCCUGGCUCCUGGUCAGAUUCCCACUCCGUCCUCCAUCUUUUCCAUGCCCCUGGGCAGACUUCCCUGCGUGGUCCUGAAAGGUCUCCAUCCUCCAGAACCCGAGGCCCAUGGAAAAUCCCGGCCUCGUCACAAGUGGAGAAUGCAGCAUCAGCUUGGCACCUCCUGGGCAUGGAGUCUAGUAUCGGGGCUGCCCUACCUGCCUUUCCCCUGAUCUAUGUCCCAAGCCUUGGAGAAUGCAGCCCUCAGAAGCCUGGGACCUUCUAGCCCUGGAGUAGCCUAAUGUGAUGAGUCACAACAAUGAAUCCUGGCUUUUGCAUCCUAUGAAUGAUGUGCGAAGUCCUUUCAUGUCCCUCUUCCCACUGCAGCCCUACCUCAGUCUUGGAGUUGGGUGCCUUCUCCCUGUGGCAGAUGAGAUAUGUGAGGCUCCGAGGCAGAUUGCCUGGCCCAAAGCCACUGGCCCAUGCCGAAGUAUGGCAGAGUCCUCAUUUUGGGGUUUUGUCAGAGCAUAACUUUUAUCCAAGAUUUAUUUAACUCUAGUAAGGGAACCAGAGGAAUUGUAAAGCUGGUUUAUCAAAGGAGCAUUUGAAAUACAGAGAUUUGUGUAUUUAGUUGGGAAAGACAUACUGAAAUAAGUUUGCUAAGGUAAGAAAUGAAGCUGAUUAAUGUCUUACAGGGCAAUAAAACCAUAAAUUUUGUGGUUC